CUGUGUCUUUUGUGAUCUACAUAUUCUUUACUCUCUGUUUUCUUCUUUAUUAAAGUCAGUACUGCCCUCUCUUUUCUCAUAUUUGUUUUUUCUCUAUACAAAUAACUACUAAUUUUUCUUCAUCUGCAUAUAAGGAAAUAAUUUGAGCAGAAUGACAACCAAUACCGUGAGCUACUCACAAAAGGAACUUGUUACUGAUCAUGUUUUAUUGAGGUUACCUGUUAAGUCACUCUUUCGAUUCAAAUGUGUGCGCAAAAGUUGGCAUGAUCUUAUCAAAAGCUCAAGUUUUAUUAAAAAACACUUCAAUAGUGAGAGUAAUCGUCUUCGCCUUAUGGUUUGCAAGUUCGGUGUUAACUACAAAAAAGAUCCAGGUGAAAGGUCUUUCGAUAUGUUCUUACUCAAUGAGAAUAUUCGCAGGAUGUGUCCCUACAAACCAGAGGAUUUAUCGUUGCGAAGAUGUUGGUGAUUUUAGAUGUAUUUAUGGUCCAAUUAAUGGUAUAUUCUUGUUGGAAAAAGGUCAUUAUAUAGAUAACGUUCGGUUUGCUUGGUGGAAUCCUGCAACCAAAGAGUGCAGGCUUAUACCUCGUAUACAUUUUGAGGUACAACAAUAUUUUGAAGACAAUAAUCGUAGACUUGGGAUAGGUAUAGACUUAGUGAAUCAAGAUUACAAAGUAAUAUGGCAUCGAACAUUUUGGGAUGAUAUGACAAGUGAUGUUUAUCCUAAGGUAUAUGCUGCUGUCUAUUCGACAAACAACGAUUCCUGGAAAUUCUUGGAACCUGAUUACUCUCACUUAUGUCAAAUAUGUAUAUCCCAAAAUUGUACUUAUAUGAAUGGAGUUUAUUAUUGGAUUACCACAAGCCAGAGAUUUUGCAACAAAGACAAUGUGUACUUUAUUCGGACAUUUGAUUUUGCAACUGAAUUGUUCGGGGAAAUGACAGGACCACCAAUUCCAGGCGAACACUGGGCGUCUCUAAUGUUACGCGGUGGUUCUCUUGCAGCUAUGUCUUGUGAUGAUGUUACUCAGGCUAUGACAGCCAAUUAUGGUAUAUGGGUAAGGAUUAGAGAGAAUAAUUGGAUUAAAGUUUAUACUGUUAAUCCUCCUAUACCUUCGCAUUUCCCUAUUGGAAUAUGGGAGUAUGAUAAGUUCAUUUAUGAACUUACACAAACUUGCAGAUUGUUGUUUUAUGACCAGACAGUUAAAGAAGUUACAAGUCUUGGAUUUCAUUUCUAUGAUUUAAGUUGUGGCUCCAAUUGGGCUAUUAGUUACAAGGAGAGCCUAGUUCCAAUAAAGAAUGAAAAGUCUACUGAGAAGGAUAAUGCUGAAUACUUCCUCACCAAGUAUUAAAACAAGCAUGAGAUGUGAGUAUCAGGCCGAAAAGGUCAAAUUUUUAAUGAUUUCGUCACAUGUGAUUGAGUUGCGAAAGCUUGUAGAUAGAUAUUCAACAUCUGAACCAAAUUCUUUUUGGUUAAAUAAUACUUCUAGUUACUCUUAAACAAUUGGGAGAUUCUCUAAAAGAUAAGAAAAUGCUAUGUUUCCGGGGAUGAUAUAUGCCCGGGCUCCCGCUUUAGAGUCAACUCAA